GCGGUGACGCAGGGGGGGCGACGCGGUGACGCAGGGGGUGAGAGGGCAGGGUAAUGGCGGCCGGGACCAGGGCGCUUGGACGAGGCGCCUUCAGCCGCUCCUCGCUGCUCCUCCUCCGGGGAGAUCCGCCGCCCGCCCGCGGCUACGCCAAGAAAGCAGCUGUUAAAGGAAAAGGUAAGGUUGGAGUGAAGGAGGCUUUGCAAGGUCCUGAGGUUUGUAAAGAUCCCGUCAUUCUGACCACACAUGCUGUGGGAGUGAACAUCUACAAGCAAGGCACAGACCCAAAGCUACUGCCCGACACUGAAUACCCUGAAUGGUUGUUUUCUUUGAACCUCGGAACUCCAAAGAACCUGGAUGAACUGGACCCAGAAUCCAGGGAAUACUUGAAAAGAUUAAGAAAAGAACACAUGUGGCAACACAACAAAGAGCACAGAGGAAAGAAAUUCUAACAAGUUUGGGACAUAAGCUGCAGAUAUCCAUUUCACAAAAAUGAAGAAUAUCUUUAGAGGAGAACAUUUGAGCACUAAGUCUUCCAGACAGUCAUGAGAUGAGGAGGAUGUGUGAAGUAGCUCACCUCAAGAUUCACAGCUGUUCACAGUACGAGCCAGACAGAGAAGGUGUGAUUAACACUGGCAUUGCCUAUUAAUAAUGAAAAAUAAAGAGCAGUAUUUUUAUGAAA